AUGGCUGAGUUAUUAGGACAAGAAGAGUUCACAGUGAAACAGAUGGGCAUGGCAUAUAUAUUUGCCCACAGUGCCUUUGAACUGAAGAACGAAAAGAAAGGGCUUGUACAGGAGAUCACUCUGCUGCGACAGCAAGUUGCGACUUUAGAGAAGGAUCACCAGAUCACUCUGCUGCGACAGCAAGUUGCGACUUUAGAGAAGGAUCAUCACACCAGCACUUCUCCCGUAGCAGAUAAUAAGGAAAUUCUAGAUCUCCGGAACCAGCUCCAGCAAGUCUCAGACACUGUCGCCCGGAAGCAACUUGAGAACGACAAUUUAGAGCAGAAAUGUCAGGCCAAUACUCAAGAGCUUCAAGCCGAAAUUAGUUGCCUUCGUUCACAGCUAGAAGGGCAGGAUGCGGAGUUGCAGCGAAGUAAGAGUCAAGCCGAACUGCUCGAUCAACGUCUUGCAGAAGUGGAAAGAGAAAAGAAGGCAGCAGAGGUGAAGGUGGAAGAAGCACGACAAGAGUCAUCUCGUGAACAGGAUAAGGCCAGUGCCCAGUUGCAAGAGAUGACUCUCGAGUUACAACAAUUAUCUGAGGUCAUUCAAAAGCAAGUGAAUUAUAUUGAUAGUUUGCAGAGGAAGGCCGCAGAACACUCUCAGGUCGAACACAAAGAUCAAGGCACACAGGUUGAGGUCCGGUAUCGUUCUGUCGGCAUCGGUGUUCAAUCGCAGGAAGUAGACCCUACAGCUCGGCGCGUGCGACUCUCCACCGCGGCCAAGGCAUCCGGUAGCAGCUUGAGUGCUCCCAAACAGGCAGGCAGAGGAACGGCUAACGACGGUGAACCAGUGCGCCUUACUGCCCAUGCGUCACCCAUACCCCCACAUCGUCUGGAUGUUCUCAGGAGUUUGCCUACUGUCCAUGUUGAAUUACCAGCCGGGGUGCCAAACAUGAAGUUUAGUCGAAAGGACUUGGUGGACAUCAUCGGGGGUACCAUUUACUCCCUGAUCGUCAGAGUGGUAGGAAGCGCGACGUCAUUCGCGCAUGAUUGGGAUAUUGGAGAAUAUUUGUGUCCGAACAUGGAACACAACCCGUGGGCCCCCACAGGACCAGGGAGUCAUGGUUUCAUGCAAGUCGGACUAGGGAGAGAAAAGGACGCAUUCAACGAACCCGAGAUUCGCCACGUCUUCGUCGGUGCCAAGUCGCAAUACUAUUAUUGUGGGAAGUACGAGGUCGUUAGAGUCGAACGACUCACCGUCGCGGAAUGGCAGACGCUUCCAGAGCAUGUCAAGAAACAGUAUUCUGUCACCACGGGCAAUAAAGAGAAGGCCCAGAAACACGGUACACACAGCCAGAUACGCGCGAAAUACGACUCGGGCGACCUCCUAGCACCUUGUGUGCUUUUGCGCUGCAUAGAAUUUGAUCUCAAAUUCUACGAUGCACUAAGAGCUGCUUACGCUCAUCUGAACAAGCCUCGCACAGUUUCAAGUGUAUCAGCUUCUACUAGUAUAUCCGCAGGCGCAAAGCGGAGACGGGACGAAAAACCCAGCGACGAAUCGGAACACAGCGAUGAGGACACGCACAUAAAGAAACCACGAAUCGCACACAUCGAAAAUUCUGCAAGGAGACAAUCCAUCCGGAUUUCAUUGAGAAGGGCUAGCGGGAAAGUCCAUGUCUAUGAUGAAUCUUCGGAUGAUGAACUGGAUUCAAGCCUGAAGCCUGAACUGCUUGGAGACAUCGGACAUACAGUAUAUUGGGUUCUCGUAUUCCACUUCGUUGCAGCUGAAUCUAAUCUAAUCUUUCUGUGGAUCACCGCACUGCCUACUACAUCGGGAAAUGAUACUGUGAAUAUCAGUUCUGCGGAAGCUCAUGCUGAAAUUAAUCACCUCGAGACCAGAAAAUGUCUGGCAGAAGCAGAGCACUUGAAGACAGAAGGGAACGAACAUUUCCGUGCGAAGCGUUGGGAGGAGGCUCUUGGCGUUUACCGCGCAGCCUUAGGUCGACUACCGAAGCGGAGAGAGCUCGGUCAAAAGAGUCCACCGAGCAACGAGAAGGAGAAGCAAGGGAAGGGCGAAGACAGUGAGGACGAAGACACAGAAACUGCUAGGAACGCACCGCGGACCAGUAAUUCCGGAGAGGAGGGGGAUCAGAUCCAAGAGGAGCCUGACGACCGCCCACUGACUGAGCUAGAAGUCGAAUGCGCCCAAGCCAGGUCUAUUCUGAAUGCCAAUAUAGGUGCAUGCUACGUCAAGAUUGGAGACCAUAAGGAGGCUGUAGCUGCAUGUACACAAGCGUUGACCGACAACCCUCGGUAUAUCAAAGCGUUGCAGCGUCGAGCAGCAUCGAACGACCAAAUCAACACCUGGUCGUCCCUCACUAGCGCACAGGAAGAUUAUAAUACAUUGCUCAUACUUCUACCGCCGUCAUCACCUCAGAUCGCAGAAACCAAACGUGCGUUGGCGUCAAUCAAACCUAGAUUAGAUGCUGCCCAGAAACGAGAGACCGCAGAAAUGCUUGACAAACUGAAGGGUCUAGGGAACAACAUCCUAGGCAACUUUGGCUUGUCUACAGACAACUUCCAAUUCACCCCCAACGGACAGGGAGGUUACUCAAUGAACUUUGUGAAGUAG